CGUGGACCACAAGGUGGGCAUGGUUCUCAAAAGACUUCUGCAAAUCGCCACGCUUUCCACCGUUUUUUCUUAAACCAUGGACUCAUGAAAUCUGUCAACGGCCCGUUAUCAAAGGCAAUGAACGCCGGUCGAGGUUGAGCCUGAACCAUCUCAUACUCUAAACCGUCUUGAAGUGGGCACUCACAUCAUCCCCCGGUUGAUCGCGAUGGCAUCACCGCCGAGCUCUCCUGCCUCGGCCAUCACAUCUUUGCCAGGCGAAGACUGGUUCUUCGCCGGCCUGUCCUCCUCCUUCCCCGACAUCACCGACUCAAGCGAGCCCUACUUCAAACUAGUCUGGCCACAGCCAUGCGGGACAGGAGCAGCAGGGGUCCCGCAGCCCGCAGACACCCCCAAGGCCCCCGCCUGCAAGAUCUUCCACCCCAAGGCCGCACCCGCCGCGGUCGAGCAGGUCGACACCGACGCCGCGGCCGGCGAGGACGCCUGGCUGAUGCGGGAGCAGGUGCUGGUCUUCCGGUACAAGGGCCGCUUCCACGCGGUAGACCACGCCUGCCCGCACCGCGCGUACUCGCUCUCGUGGGGCGUGCCCUUCGACAUCGAGGAUGCGGGCAGUGGCCGGACGCUGGGCCAUGCCAUCAGGUGCCGGGGCCAUAGCUUCGCGUUCGAGCUGACCACGGGGGCUGGGGACCGCGGCGGGUACUGGCUGGGCGUGUGGGACGUCGAGCUGCGGCCUGUGGCUGGGGUUGUCGCUGUCAAGGACGGGGUCAGUAGCGGUGCUGGUAAGAUUGAUGAGGUGCAGCAAGAGGAGAGGGAGGUCUGGGUGAGAAGGCGGAGGAGGAGGAGGAAUCAGGGGCCGCGCUGAGUUGUCACAGCUCU